UACUUUACAUUCAUAAUGACUAAUCACGAUGUAUUCUUAAGCUUUCGCGGAGAGGAUACUCGCAAUAAUUUUACUAUUCAUCUUUAUCAUGCUUUGAUUCAAAAUGGAAUCAACACUUACAAGGAUGACAAGGAGCUGAGAAAAGGUGAAAAAAUCUCACCGGCACUUUCAAAGGCCAUUGAAGAGUCAAAGAUUUCGAUCGUAAUAUUUUCUGAAGAUUAUGCGUCAUCUACAUGGUGUUUGGAUGAGCUGUUGAAAAUCCUAGAGUGUAAAGAAUCAAAGCAACAGAAGGUUCUAGCAGUGUAUUAUUACAAAGUCGAGCCAUCGACAAUACGACACCAAAAAGAAAGUUUUGAAGCAGCGUUCGCUGAACAUGAAAAAAAGUUCGAUGAUGCUAAAGUUCAGAGGUGGAAGACUGCCUUAAAUCAAACUGCCGGGCUAUGCGGUUUUCAUUUGAAGAUCAACGAGGACGAAUAUGAGUUUAUCCAGAAGAUUGUUCAAGAGAUCUCAACAAGCUUACCAAAUCGUUUUGACUUGCAUGUUGCCGAGUUUCCGGUGGGAAUAAAGUCUCGUGUAGAAGAUAUUAAUAUGCUAUUAUGUAUUAAGGAGAAUGACAAAUGCAUGAUAGGGAUUUUCGGUGUUGGUGGAAUUGGAAAAACAACUAUUGCAAAAGAGAUGUAUAAUCGCAUUACUGAUCAAUUUGAAGGUAGCUGUUUUCUUGCAAAUGUUAGAGAAUCUUCAAAACAAGAUCAAGGCGGUCUCGUAAAGUUGCAACAGACAAUUCUUUAUGACAUUCUUAAAGAUUCAAGUUUGAAAGUUAGUAAUGUCGAUCGAGGAAUCAAUUUGAUAAUGGAGAGACUUUGCCGUAAAAGAAUUCUUUUGGUUCUUGAUGAUGUUGAUUGUUUGGACCAAUUAAAAAAAUUAUGUGGAAGAUGCGAUUGGUUUGGUUGCGAUAGUUGAAUCAUCAUAACAACAAGGGAUGAGGGUUUACUAACUAAGCAUCAUGUUCAUUUCAAAUAUCGUAUGAAGGAAAUGGAUCACCAUGAAGCUCUUCAGCUCUUUAGCCA